AUGAAGAGUUAUAAGGAUUUAUACAAAUAAUAAGAAACAAAGAUGAGAAUAGGAGGUUAGGGAAGCUAUUACAACAACCCAUCAGAUUAAAAUUAGCCUUUGCAAUAGCUUCAAUAGCAGAAUGUGUAAUCAUAAGCUUCUCACGGACCUUAAAAUAUGGUCUCUAUGACUAGUAAGCAGUAGUAAGGAUCUUAAUAAAUAAUGUCAAGUGCAAAACCUGUAACAAAGACUCCAUUGUCAACUUUGAUCUACUAAACAGCUCAUAGCGGUAGUAAUAACUUUAAUUAGUAAAAAUUGCAAUAGAAUUAAAUUUAAAAUAGCUACAAUAUUUAGCAAUAGUAAUAGCAACAUAAUGCUAAUGUAAUCAACUAAUAUCCUUAGUAAAUAUACAGCCAUUCUUAAAAUGUUAGUGCUAAUCACUCUCGUGAUAAUUCAAUCAAUAAGCCACGCAUGCCAGAAAGAAAGAUGAGUAUAAAUGCUCAACCUGGAUAAUAAAUUUAGCAAAUAUAGCAAUAAUAGGCUGGAUCUGGAAGCUUCUACCACCAUAAUCAUUCCCACUCGCAUUAGAUUGGCACAACAAAUAUUAGCAAUCAUAAGCCAUCACCCUCUUUUGUUUCUACUACUUCAAAUAGCUUUAACAACGGAAACGGGCCUUCCUCAUAAACAGCUUCAAACAAUCAAAUUCCCAGCACUGUUGCUUCUGUUGCAGCAGGUUCCUCUUCUUCAACUUCUUCAUCUUCAAUAUAAAAUCCUUCUGGAAGUUAAUUUAGCUACAAACCCUCCCAUAAAAACUCUGCUGUUGACUCUACUAUAAUUUAAAAAUUAAUGAAAAAAUAAUAAGUUUAACAGUCUCAAUAAUUGUAAUAAUAAUCACAACAACAAUAGCAAUAACAAUACCCUUUUUCAUAACCUUAAAGCUUUAUUAAUUCACCUAAAAAAAGUCCAAAAAAUUCAGUUUCACCAAACACUCGCCACCCCUCUUUCUCAUAGCAAACAAGCUAGCAAUAGCAAUAGCUUAGUGGAGGGUAUGGUUAGCAGUCCAACAUGAAUUCUUAAUUAAAUAGCAAGAAUACUUAUCAGUAAAUGUACCACUAACUUUCUAACAACUAUUCUUAAUAGAUUUCACAAAAGAGUUCACAGUAGUAGUCCAUAUCUAAAAUCCCUUAGCAAUAGUAAUAACAAUAUCUUCAUAAUACUCCAUAAUAAAGCUCCUCUGUUUUAAAUGUUUCUUAAAAUAACAUUAGCUCUAAUAAUAUUUUGAUAAGCCAAAAUAUAAAUAAUUAGGCAUAAAACAGCAAUCUUAAUGAUAACAGCGGAAGCUAAAAUGGUCAAUAAAGCACUGAAAAAAAACCUAUUUCAUUUUUGAAUUAUUUAUUAUUAAAAGAGAUAGCUUAGCGCAAUACAUAAGAUCAAGUAAGCAAUAACGUUUAAAAUUCAAAUAACAUAAGUGGUAUUGAUAUUAUGGCAAGCAAGAUGAACACACCAAACAAUGCUUCAAAAGUUCUCAUCAAUAAUUUUAAUGAAAUUCCAAAUUCUUAAUCUAUAAGUAAAUCCAAUAAUAAUUUGUAUGGUGGAAUCAAUGGAAGUAGCUACAGUGCUUUUAAUUAAGGUACUUCAUAAGUCAACAAUCAAUCUUAACAAAAGCAAUCUUAAUAGGAUUUAGAUCAUUCAUAUUUGUCUAAAUAUUCUUAACUUCUGCAAUCUCAAUAAUAGUCAAAAUAAGUUUCUCAACCUCCAUCUCCUUAUACUUAUAACCAUUCUCAUAAAAGCAGCAUUGCAUCGACAGCAAACACAAAUAAUAUGUAAGGAUUAACUAGCAUGAAUUCUUAUUCUGUUUCCCCAUAAUUACCUUAGUCUUACUCUCAAUAGAUUCCUAGUACUCCAACUAGCACUCACCGUAGCUAAUCUCAAUUCCAGUAACAGUAGAAUACAAAACAAGCACAGGACUACCAACAAUCUUCUAAAAGUUCCAAGAAUAACUCAAAUAACACUUCAGGUUUAUUUUCUAAUACUUUAGCAUGUUCUUCAAAUAACAUUCCUUAAACUGAGGAUUUAAGAAUUAUCCCUUCAUGUACAUCCAAAAACUGUUUUAAUUUCCACUACGUGAUUGGCAAAGGUGGCUUUGGUAAAGUUUGGAAAGUAGAACACAGAAAAACUCGCUAGCUUUUUGCAAUGAAAGAAAUGUCCAAGAGCUUAAUUAUUACCAAAAAGAGUGUCAACUCAGUAAUGAAUGAAAGAAACCUAUUGUCUUAGCUUAAGCAUCCUUUCUUAGUAAAUAUGUUUUAUGCUUUUUAAGACAGAGAAAACCUUCAUCUAGUUAUGGAUCUUAUGCCUGGUGGCGAUUUACGUUAUCACAUAGGCCGUUAGAGAAGAUUCUCAGAAGAAUAAACAAGAUUUUUCGUUGCCUGCAUUUUUAUGGGAUUGGAAUAUCUUCAUGAUAAUAAUAUUAUACACAGAGAUAUAAAACCUGAAAAUCUUGUUUUAGAUAGCAGUGGUUAUGUAAGAAUUACCGAUCUAGGUAUUGCAAGAACUUGGAAACCUGAUAAUGCCAAUGAUACUUCAGGAACUCCUGGUUACAUGGCACCUGAAGUCAUGUGUAGACAACCACAUACAUUUGCUGUUGAUUAUUUCGCUUUGGGAGUUUUAGCUUAUGAGUUUAUGCUUGGAAGAAGACCUUAUUUAGGAAGAUCUAGAAAGGAGAUUAGAGAUUAAAUUUUGGCUAAAAGAGUUUAAAUUAAAAAGCAUGAAAUUCCUGAUGGAUGGUCUCUUGAAGCUGCAGAUUUUAUCAAUAGGUUGAUUGAGAGAAAGCCUGCUAACAGAUUGGGUAUUAAUGGACCUGCUGAGGUAAAGAACCAUCCUUGGAUUAAGAAUUUCCCCUGGUAGAAGCUUAUUAAAAAAUAGAUAGAUGCUCCUUUCCUUCCUGCAAAUGAAGAUAACUUUGAUCAAAAACAACAAAUUUCAUUAGAAGAUGAAUAAAAUUAAGAGAUUAUUCAAUAAAAUGCCUUGCUUUUAAAACGCCCUUCUGUACAAAGUUUAUUUAAUGGCUAUAAUUUUGAUGGAGGUGCCCUUUAAUAAUAAAAGCAAGCUCAAUAAAUAUAACAACCAUAGCCAACUAAUCAAAUGAGCUAUUAGCCUCAAUAAUUUUCAUAAUAACAAUAUUAAUAAUCUUAGCCUAUUAGCGCAAAUGGAUCUAUUUAUUAAGUGAAUUCAUAGAUUCCACAACAUAUACCUUCUUCUAAUUCUAUAGCUAAUGGAUAUUAAAAUACUGGAUACUAAAAUCCUUUUAGCCAAAGAAAUAGCUUUUGUAAUGUCAGUAAUAUCAACUAAAACAUGAGUCACAUUUCAUAAUACAGUAACAUGAAGGAAAGUAAUUAUAAUGACAAUUCAAUGAUGAGUGUUGCAAAAAAUAACAAUAAUAGUGUUAUAAAUAGUAGCAGAGCAUAUAACUAAAAUAAUAGUAACUCUCGUGCUGUAGAGAAAGAAAAUUUUGUUCCUUCCAGAUAUUCCUAUGAUGAAGUAUACUGA